UCCUGUGCCACCAAUUUUUGUUUCCUCACAGUACUCUCCAUUACUCUGCUUCAGCUCCUGCCCAAUAUUUCACACACCAACACCUUCUGUCCGGCUACAUACAGCAAUAAUCAAUUUUCAUUCACCAUGAACCUCCCUCAAACUCAAGGAAAAACCAUGUCCGAUGCCUGGGAUUGCAAGGGCCGCCCAGCCGAGCCGUCCAAGACCGGAGGUUGGACCAGCGCCGCCAUGAUUCUAGGUGUUGAACUAUUUGAGAGGCUAACAACGUUAGGUAUUGCCGUAAAUUUGGUAACAUAUUUGACUGGUACCAUGCAUUUGGGCAAUGCUACCUCCGCUAACACCGUCACCAACUUCCUUGGCACCUCCUUCAUGCUCUGUCUCUUCGGUGGCUUCGUUGCAGACACCUUUCUUGGCAGGUAUCUCACCAUCGCAAUCUUCGCCACAGUUCAAGCAACUGGUGUCACAGUCUUAACAGUAUCAACCAUCAUCCCUAGCCUACGGCCGCCAAAAUGCAUCCCGCAUACCGGCACGCCCUGCAUCCAGGCAAGUGGAAUGCAAAUAACUAUUCUUUACCUAGCCCUGUACCUAACGGCACUGGGAACCGGUGGUAUCAAAUCAAGCGUCUCUGGUUUUGGGUCUGAUCAAUUCAUUGAUUCGGACCCCAAAGAGAGCAAACAGAUGAUGAAGUUCUUCAAUUGGUUCUUCUUCCUCAUAAACAUAGGUUCGCUAGGUGCUGUGACGGUUCUGGUGUACAUACAGGAUAACUUGGGCCGCGAGUAUGGGUAUGGUAUCUGCGCUUGUGCUAUUGUUCUAGGACUAGUGGUGUUUCUAUCCGGUACCCGGCGGUACCGGUUCAAGAAAUUGGUGGGCAGUCCACUAACCCAGAUUGCGGUGGUGUUUGUGGCGGCAUUGAAGAAGAGACAUUUGGAUUUGCCAUCAGACUCAUCUCUGCUUUACAAUGUUGAUGAUGGAGUGAAUAAGAACAAAAAGCAAAAGUUGCCUCAUACCAAGGAUUUCCGUUUUUUGGACAAGGCAGCAAUCAAGGAUCCAUCGAUUGCAGUGGCAAACAAGUGGAACUUAUCUACCAUAGCAGACGUGGAGGAAGUGAAACUGGUGAUCAGAAUGUUACCCAUCUGGGCAACCGCCAUCAUAUUUUGGACCGACUAUGCCCAAAUGACAACAUUUUCCGUGUCACAGGCCGCCACUAUGGACCGUCACAUAGGAAAAUCUUUCCAAAUUCCGGCAGCGUCACUAACCGUUUUCUUUGUCGGCAGCAUCCUCUUGACCGUCGCGGUUUACGACCGGAUCAUUGUUCCAAUUGUCAGAAAAGUGCUCAAACACCCACAAGGCCUAACCUCAUUGCGUAAAAUUGGUGUUGGGUUGUUCCUAUCAAUUAUUGCAAUGGUGGCAGCAGCAUUGACCGAAAUCAAGCGAUUGAAAGCCGCAAAAGCACACGGUUUGGUAGACAAUCCAGCGGCUGAAAUCCCAUUAACAGUUUUCCGGUUGGUCCCUCAGUUUUUCUUGGUUGGGGCUGGAGAGGCGUUUACAUACAUGGGACAGCUUGAUUUCUUCCUGAGGGAGUGUCCACAGGGGAUGAAAACAAUGAGUACAGGGUUGUUCUUGAGUAGCCUCUCACUUGGAUUCUUUGUGAGCUCUUUGUUAGUUACAAUUGUGCACAAGGUUACGGAUCAUACGAAUCCAUGGCUACCAGACAAUAUAAACCAAGGAAGGCUUUAUAAUUUCUACUGGCUUUUGGCAAUCUUGAGUGGAUUGAACUUGAUAAUAUAUUUGGUUUGUGCUAGCAGGUAUGUGUAUAAGAAUAAGAGGCUCGCUGAUGAGGGGAUCCAAGUGGAUGAAGAAGAUGAACCCACAUGCCAUGCAUGAGUGGAUUUUAGUAUUGUUAUACUUUGUAUUUUUAAGCAUGAACUUCCAAUAAGUUUGUAUAAAAGAAGCUGCCUUAGAUGUAUAAAAAGGAAAGGUGAAGAGGUGGCAAUCUUGAGUGGAUUCAACUUGAUAAUAUAUUUGGUUUGUGCUAGCAGGUAUGUGUAUAAGAAUAAGAGGCUCGCUGAUGAGGGGAUCCAAGUGGAUGAAGAAGAUGAACCCACAUGCCAUGCAUGAGUGGAUUUUAGUAUUGUUAUACUUCGUAUUUUUAAGCAUGGACUUCCAAUAAGUUUGUAUAAAAGAAGCUGCCUUAGAUGUAGAAAAAGGAAAGGUGAAAAGAAAGUCAUCACCUGAUA